UCAUGCCAAUUUGAAUGUGUCAAAUGCGAUGAUAUCAAAACGUUUUAGUUGUGCUCAUACUACACGUGGUCUUCACAUCGUAAAUUUAAAAUUUUAACAUUUAUCGUGAAAAAACGCGCUGAAAAAAUGGCAGAAGUAAAACCGAUUGACAAUGUUGUUGAAGAGCCGGAGGCAAAGAAGGCAAAAUUGGACGCAGAAGAGGAAGAAGUUAAGGUUGCUGAACCAGCCGAAGAGUCGACAGCAGUAAAAACGGAAAAGCUUGAACAGGACAUCAUUGACCAGGUUGAAUACUAUUUUGGUGAUGCAAAUCUGUUCCGUGACAAAUUUUUACAAGCCGAAACAGCAAAGAACGAAGGAUGGGUACCGAUCACAACAUUGACUACAUUCAAGCGUUUGGCAUCGUUGAGCACUGACGUCAAAGUAAUCGUCGAUGCUCUGGAUAAAUCCGAUUCUGGUUUAUUGGAAAUCAGCGAAGACCGUCAAAGCAUUCGUCGUCACCCAGAACGGCCGUUGCCCGAAAAGAAUGAAGAAACACGCAAAGAAAUUCAGUCACGCACCGCAUAUGUCAAAGGCUUCCCAAAGGAAUUGGAAAUGCCGGAUUUCAUUGAAUUUUUCAAAGACUAUCCAAAAGUGUCGCACGUUGUCAUCCGCAAAUACUUGGACAAACCAACGAAAACGUACAAAUCAAAGGGUAGCGUGUUUGUAACAUUCAGUACACGUGACCAAUGUGCCGCAUUCCUAACACAAGACAUUAAACACAAGGAUACGGAUUUAAUCACAAAAUGGCAAUCCGAUUAUUAUGCCGGCAAAAAGACGGAGCGUCAAGAACAGAAGAAGGAAAAGAAUGCCAAACUUGAGCCAGAAAUUGAACUGGCAAAAGGUGCCGUUUUAUUAAUCACCGAAAUCAAACCGGACACCACACGCGAUGUCAUCAAAGGGAAAAUCGAAUCGUUAGAAGGUGAUGUUGCUUUUGUUGAAUUCAAAACUGGCGAAGAACGUGCAUACGUUCGAUUGUCCAACGAAAAUGGAGCCAAAGACUUGCUGGCCAAAUUGGAUGGUGGCAAAUUGAAAUUGGGCGAAAACGAAUCACCGGUCAGCGUGCUCGAAGGCGAAGACGAAGAAAAAUACUUGGCCGACUGUGUUGAAAAGAUGAAAUUGCGUCGCAAAGCUGGCAACAGAAACAACAAAUUUGGAAGCCGAAAACGAAAAGCCGAUAAUUAAGAGCACCCUACCCCGUGUGCGCUCAUCGUUCUGAUUCAUACACAUUAAGGCAUCAUAUAUUCGUUUACAAAUUAAAAUUUGUACAACCGAUUUUCAAAUUCCAUACACUUUUUAAAUAAUAAAAUCUAUAAAUUUCAGACACUGACA